AGGUAUUUCAAAAGCACAGAGGGAUGAUAUGUGUGAAUGGUUUGCAGCCUGCCCAGUGAUUCAGAAUUGACAAAAUCCCGAAAGUGAAACCAAAUAAACUGGGAAAUUAAAACUCCGGAGAAGAUGGCAGAAGAGUUCAGUCCUGCUGUUCAUGAAGGUUACCCUGAGGACCAGGUGCUGAUGUCACAGAAGACGAUGACUUUCCAGCCCUCAGAUAGUGAUGUAAAUAAUACCUCCCCAAAUGAAACUCAGGAUACUAGUCCAGCAGAUACAGCUACAAGUAUAGAGACGUUGGGUCCUCUCUACCAUGAACCAAAUAGUUUGACUGGGAAUUCCUCAAGGGUAGAUGAAGAAGAUUCUAUGAGGGAAAAGCCCUUGGAUUCUGAUGGAAUUUUGAUGGAGAGAGAGACUAGUGGUCACAACAUGGAAAGCGACACGGGGCUUCCACCUCAUCCAGUGAGCCUACCUGAUAGUCCUGUAGGCAAUGAUACAGUAGAUUCUUUAGAUGAUAGGAAUGGAAGGACUGGGCAUUCAACCCAAGCUGUGCUGCAGGAUUCUCUAAUGGAAGAAAUCGAUAACUUAUCUGAAGCCAUCCUUGAAGAACAAAUGAUUCCUGUGAGUCAACUCAGCCUGAAUGCCUCUGAGCAUCCAGAUCCUGAAGAAACAGAAGAGGACAUAGAGGAAAUGGAGACAUCAAUUCAAAACCUUGAAUAUGAAGAGAGCAAGGGAUCCUUGGCUGAAGGGCAUCCUGUGUGCAAAUCAGAGACUGAACUCUCCCCAGAAGAUAUCGGCCAGUGCCUUUCACAAGAAAUAAGGAAGCACAACAAAGUGCAAGAAUGGAUGGAGAAUUAUCACCGGUCUUUACUAGGCAGUGGCCUUGUCUAUUUCCUGGGAAUUGGCAUGGCUUUGGUUGCCAUUUUCAUGAGCUGCAGCGGAUACUAUACUUCCCGCCCCCAGAACAUGCCCCAAAACCCAGCUGUGGAGGCUUUCUUACAAAGGUUUGAUCUCCUGAAAGACAGCUUCCCAGGUCAAAGCCCUCACCUGUGGAGACGAGCACGGAAGGUCCUUCAGAAGCACCUCAAUGCUUCCCACCACACUGAACCGGCCAUCUUAAUCUUCACUGCUGCCCAGGAAGGCAAAUCAACCUUGAAGUGCCUGAGUGUCCAUAUCGCCGAUGCUUACUCUUCAUCUCUCCAGGGUAGCACAAUCCAGGUAGAUGGCUCUUCUAAAUCUGCUCUGAACAGCGACAGUGCCAAGCUGGCAGUUGAUGAGGAGCUGAGCGGUGGUUUCCAUGGAGACGGGAAGGCAGCCGUGAUCCAUUGGUUUGAAUCUCUGCCUGCUAGUUCCACCUUGAUUUUUUACAAGUACUGCGAUCACGAGAGUGCCGCUUUCAAAGACGUGGCACUGAUUUUUACUGUUCUUCUGGAGAACGACAAACUGGAAACCAACAUUGGCUUGCAGGAUGUGGAAGAGAAGGUCCGGGACUUCCUCUGGGCCAAGUUCACCAACACAGACACUCCCAGCUCCCACAGUUACAUGGACACAGAUAAGUUGAGUGGGCUGUGGAGCCGCAUAUCCCACCUCGUCUUGGCGGUCUUUCCUGUACAAUCGGUAGAAGAUGUCAGUUGCCCUUUGCAAGCUAAACCACAUGGUGAAUGAAGUGGGGCUUCAUGGGAAAGCCAGAAAGCGCUAAGGGGUUUGCACCAACCAGAAAGCCUUACAAAAAACAGAGGCUAUAAGCCAGAGAGCAGCAUUAAUGUGGUGAGCUUACAUUAGAUCAGUUGUGCCUAAAUGAGGUGUCUGUUUGGAAUCCUUCUUAGCAUUAGAGAAGAAACAAGCAGGACCUUAGCUGGUUUACUUUUGUAACUAUUUUGCUACUUUUGUUGCAAUCAAAGGACUUUUUUUAAAAAAAAAUCACAUAUAGAAAAACAGGUGAUACCU